AUGGCAUCUUACCAUGUUUCCCAUGAUUCAUACCAACCACAACCACAAGGCAACCCUCAAGGGCCGUCACCACUAUACCAACCGAUAAUGGAGGCUCCACCGCCACCGUAUCCACCAACAAGGACAAGGUUUCAAGACUACUAUGGUGGCUACGGUCAGCCGCAUCCACCGCCGCUGCGUCCAUAUAGAUCAGAUGAAUACUAUGGAGAAGGAGAAUAUGUGGGCUGCUUUCCUUUCCUCAGAAGCUGGUAA